CUCAACAAGUGGUUUUAUAGUAUGUGGAUGUCCAGUCCUCUAGUUUUCCUUUUUUUUUAUCCUGGAGAAUUCAUGCUUUGGGUAAAACUUGUUGCUUAUUCCGUUUGAACGCUUUAUAUUGCAUAUACAUGACUAGAAGCGAGUUCGUUCCUUGGGGAUGUGUUAGUAACCACUCAGCAGCAGUCUGUGUACUCGAUAAUGAAGAAUCAGAGAUACUGUUACCAUCACUUUAUUUCUUAUAAUCAUUUUCACCAGUUCGUCACUUAUUAAAUGAAAGACAACACGUCCUAAGGGAGGGAUUUCUCCUCAAAGUUAAACCCUGCUUUGAGCCGUGUAUUGUCUCAUGUCCCACUGGUGGUUAUUAAGUGACAAUUGAGAUUGUACUUCAAGGCGAUAAGGUUACAUCAAAAUACAAGAUGCCAGAUAUCACGAAAAACUCCUAACGGUAUUGCAGGCGGACUAGUUUAAUGUUUAGAACUGUGGCUUCGGAAGACUACUGUGCAGUGUAGAGACAGUCAUCAUAGCUGCUACUUAAAAAGUCAACUAAUUGUAAUCUGCUGUAGUUCAUACACAGAUCUUAAUCAACGUGCAUUUUCAGUGGAGGUAUUGAUGGACGUUAACACUACCUUAAAGAUACAUACUUUUAUGCUGAAAAGCCAACCGAACGAGUAACCAGUGGAUAUUGUUGAGUUACUUGUAUAAGCUAUAAUUCUGUUGACAUUUGGAAUCGUAGCGGUUACGAGUAUAAUUAAGUUCUAGCAUGUUGCUACACUUCACCGUCGCAGUGCAUCAGUGGUGUAGACACUUGACCUCCAAGCGAUGAUCACUUAGUCUACUCUCCAUGCAACCCACUUUGGAUUAAAUAGCAAUGUGCUACCGUAAAAUCCAACAGUUUAGUUAAGACAUGUAGCUGCAGAUAGACUGUUUGUUAGGUUUAUCUUCCUCGAAACGUCCUUCAUAAAAAUCACAUGGUAGUCGUUUGCUUGCUGUUGUUUUGAAGUAUAGCUUGAAAUGUAACUUGUCGGACUGAUGCACUUGUAAAGUUAAGAAACAAUGGUUGUAAGUCGGUAACAACAACUCAGACUUAACCUCUGCCAUCAAUAUUUCAAGUGUUCCCAUAAGAAUACUUGUUUCUUCAUUCCAUAGUUAUAUGUUAGCUUGGCUUUAUUUCUGUUUUUAAGGGUGCGAGAUUGGAGUGUUGUACCACUGUCCAGUACUUAACGUCAGCAUGCUCAUUAGUAUCGUAUAUAAAUGAUUACCAUUUAAUGCUAAACACCUAAAUAAAAAAAUCACUUCAUAAAAUGAAACUACCCCGAAUUCAUGUCUUACAUAAUUUGCAAUCCAUGAGUCACUUAUUCUUACGUUUAUUGAUUAACAGGGUUCUUUUUUAUUGGGGACCUAUAAUUCAUCUUCAAACAAUAUGUUUCACAGAGAUAUUUUGGUAUAAUCCAUUUUAAGAAAUCAGUCACCUUUAACUGGCUUAUGAGCUACAUUUAUCGUGUAUAGGGUGAUGAUGCUACUUGGCUGUAUAGGAUAAAGUAGGUGGAGAGGAAAUUGAAGCCGGAACCCACUAAAAAUCAAGUGCUUAAGCCAAUGUGCCACAUUUCUACAUGGUAUAAUCCAUAAUUUUCCACUGCUGGGUUGAGUAAGGAGUAAGUGUAUCCACUUCCUACUAACAACAAAAAAUCUCAAUACUUUUUUGAAAGGUAGUCAUUAGUUUUUCUGUUACUAUUUGUGUCGGUUUUUUCUCACUAGAUUCAUAUCAUCUUUCAAAGUGAAGAGUUUCUUUUUAUGUUUGUUUCUUUUUAAUUACUUUUGUUUUCUAUAAAAGUCAAAUUUUAUGUUCAGUUUUGCUUGUGUUUCAUUACAAGUAACGUUUGCUGUCCAGCGUUAAAGUUGGUGCAUUUGGUAUUCGGUAUUAAGUCAACAAUGUGGUUGAAAUGCUCUUUUAACUGAAAAGUAGGAUACUGCUUAUAGGAAACUAACUUUUAAAGCAUUCAUGCUCUUCACUGGAACCGAAAAGUCCAUAAGCACCAUCCUUAAACAUUUUAAAAUUAUUUGUUAUGCUUUCUGUUUGAUAAUGACUUGGUUUUAAAUUUGUACAGGUAUCGUCAAAUUAUGUCAUCAAGUUCGCCCAAACCGCCCAAGUCCUCUACUCCCAGUGUUCCUCUGGAUGACCAAGGAAAACCGUUAAAACCAUGUUGCGCAUGUCCAGAUACACGUCUGAAGCGUGACCAAUGUAUUUUGAUGUACGGUGAAGAGAUGUGUGUGGAUUUGAUCAAAGAACACAAAGAAUGCUUACGAAAACUUGGUUUCGCAAUAUAG